CGAUCUCGAACCCCCGCAAUUCGGAUCCCGGUUCUCACGCCUCCCUCCGCACAUUCUCCGGCUUUCCCUCACCUCGGCUCCCUCAGCUCCCCGUUCGGCCCUCAGCUCACCCGAGCUGCCACCCGAGCCGCCCCGAACCGCCUCCCUUCUUCUCCUUCGUUUCAUUAUUUUUGCUAACCGUCGGCUCCUCCUCUCUGGGCCAGCACAGGUAGCCGCCCAACCGCCCAGCAGCCCAGCCAUUCGGUCCGACCCAGCGGUAGCCGUCCAGCCCGGCCCAGCAACAAUCCCGUUCGGCACGGCCCGACCCACCGACGGCCCAGUCCAGCACCCAACAACCCAAUCGGCCCAGUCCAAAUCUCAAGGGCCCAGUCCGGCCCAAUUCUCCCUCAGCAGCCCAACUCCCCGGCGAAUUCUUAAUUUUUUUUUAAUUUUUUUUAUUUACAGAAUCACCCCUCAACUUCCCGAACUAGGGAUGUCGCGCCCGGCCUCCUUUCCGCGCCUCGACAGGAUCACACCACCACUGGACGAAAUCAACCGCAUAUGGAUAAGCCUGCGCCGAAUUGAUCAGGACUACAUCACCACCUUCGUCGGAGAUGUACCUCUGUUGUCCGCUCGUCGGGUAGACUGGAAUUUUCUCGGAGCUGCUGUAACGUUUUGGGAUCCAGCACACGCCGUCUUCAACAUCCAGGGCACCGAGCUCGCGCCUACUAUUGAGGAGUAUAGGACCCUCAUCGGCCGGACCACAGUCACUCACGGAAUUAUGGAGCCUAAUUUCCAGACUACUCGACCAGUUCUAGUUUCGCGCCUACUCGGGGUGCAAAGGUCUUCGCUGCAGGCCGAACUCGCAUAUUCCGGCGGUACAGAGAUAAUAACUGCGAAACUACUCCGUUUUAUCGAUUCACAAUCACGCGUGGUCCGAGGGGAUCUUUUCCAAAAGAAUUUGUGUCAUGCAGUUUUACUUUUGAUUUUUGGGACUCUUUUAUUCCCUCGCGCAGCUGAUCGUAUAGACGCAACUUUAGCUAGCGUCGUCCUCCAAGUGGUCGGAGGCCGCGAGUAUGAGGUAGGCCUAGUGGCCGAGACUAUCCGGUCCCUCGACCGCAUCACACGAACAGCUGAUCGUAGGUUGAGAGGGUCCCCAAUCCUCUUACAAAUGUGGCUUCAAAGUCAUGCAAACCCCUUCGGUCUCGUGAGGCCAGUCCUGUUUUUCAGUCGCUCGGGGUCGAUCAUUUCGCAGUUAUUAUCUCUGAUACGUGUGGAAGAACGCAAGGUUUCCGAGUGGAUCAAGAUUUUUCGCGAAAUACCACCUAGGGGCUUUAAGUGGCGAGCCGCGUGGAUGCCACCCGGACCCGCAGCCCUUAGGUGCCCUGAUUUUAACGGAGUACCACUCGUGAGUCAUGCGGGGUCCACCACAUAUUUUCCGGCACGAGUGAUGAGGCAGUUUGGCAGCCUGCAGACAGUCCCCGAGGACACGGCACGGGCUAAAUUCGAACACACUUGGCGGGAGGAUCAGACAUCCGUGGAUCGCCAAAGAGACAUCGAACGGGUUUUGGACGCGUGGCGAACCGUGGUCAUCGAGCGUCCGUAUUUCCCCGAGCAUCCAACCCUUGAAGAACAGGAUUUCCAGGCUACCGAGGAAUAUGUCCUCCGUUUCUAUCGGUGGGGUCCUACAGCACACGAGGAUCUCGCCGACUCUCCACGAGCUGAAGAUAACGGACCAACGGGAGCGUCUUUCACCCCGAACGUGGCCAUUCAAGCAGAGCUUGCUAACCUCAGGGCCGAGAGAGAUCACCUUCGUCGGGAAGUCGCAGAGAAAGACGAGCAGCUUGUGGAUCAACGACAAUUACAGAGAGAGCUCGCCCAGGCCCGCGCCGAGCUGCAGAGGCGCGAACAGGAGCUGGCACGAGCGAAUGUCGCCUUGGAGAGGUUCAGGAAGAGAGCCCGUGGAGGUCCACGCACCCCUUAG